CACCAUCAUGCCUUGAUCGUCCCAGCUCACAGCAGCAGCGCUUCGGCACAAGCUGUAUUCCAAUACCACCGUUAUGGAUCGUACUCUACACUGCAGGGUGUGCGGCGCAGUCGCCGGUAGAGCGGCCCAUCCUUUGGCUCUCGCGACCUCGGCUGAACAUACCAAGAGUGCGGAGACCGACACCAGCCGCAUCCCACUGCAGCGGUCGACCUGCAACGUUCGCCCACCAGUGUAGCCGACCUAAUAUUCGACAUUCACAAUGCGGACCAUCACAGCAUUGUCGACGCCCUUGAGGCGGGUCGCACCAUGUGCAGCUCGCCAGAGCUCCCGGAGAUGCUUCUCAAGCACCCGAGAUCUGCAAGCUACAUGGGGCUUCAUAGGCCUUGGACGAAUGGGCUACUCCAUGGCUAAGAACCUUCGAGCAAAAGUCCCAGCCGAGGACACGCUCUUCGUCCACGACAUCAACACCGCCGCCAGCCAGGAGUUUCUCGAGGAGCACUCUACUGGUGUGCGGGUCGCUGAGAACGUCCGGGAGGUCGCCGAGAAAGCUGAGGUGAUCAUUACAGCUCUGCCAGAGCCUCAGCAUGUCAGAGGCGUGUACAAAGCUAUGCUUGACCCACCUACACUAUUGACCGACGGAUCUGUGACUAAAGAGCGUCUCUUUAUUGAUACGUCGACCAUCGACCCGAUGACAUCGGCCGAAGUCGCUGAAAGUGCACACUCAACUGGUCAAGGAAAGUUCAUCGAUGCCCCCAUGUCAGGUGGUGUCGUUGGCGCUGCAGCUGGCACUCUCACCUUCAUGAUUGGCGCUGCGCCUGAGGUAGUCGAUCGUGCGACCGAAGUGCUAUCCCUGAUGGGCCGAAAAGUGCUGCACCUUGGUGAACAAGGUGCCGGACUCAAGGGCAAGCUUGCCAACAACUAUCUCUUGGCACUCAACAACAUUGCGACUGCGGAAGCUAUGAACAUGGGCAUUCAAUGGGGCCUCGACCCCAAGGCUCUCGCGGGCAUGAUCAACAUCAGCACCGGCAAGUGCUGGCCAAGUGAGGUGAACAACCCUGUGCCUGGUGUCAUCGAGGGCUCGCCCGCCAGCAGAGGGUACGAAGGAGGCUUUGGAGUUGCUCUUGCCAACAAGGACCUGAAGCUUGCUCUCAAGGCUGCCGCCGAGGCAAACGUCAAGCUUGCGCUCGGAGAGUCUGCGAGACAGCUCUACGAAGCAGCAGAAAAAGCACCAGACUGCAAAGGAAAGGACUUCUCUGUUGUGUACCGUUACUUGGGUGGCAAAGAAUAGACAAAUCAAAAUGAACAGAUCAAACUCAAA